AUGUCUGAGUAUCAGUGUGCUGACUUUCCUCGUCGUCGCUGGAUCGGCAGCAGAUCCAGGUACGGCUCGUUUCUGCAAUCCGGCGAUGCGGCGGUGUCAGCAGGCCAAUACUCCGCCGCGCUGCGACACUACACCGCUUUCAUAGAAGCGGAUCCCAGCACGGGCCUGGGCUACACGAAGCGAGCGGCGGUGUAUCUGCAGCAGCGGAAGCACAGAGAGGCAGAGGCGGAUCUAGACAUGGCCAUUGAGGUGGAGCCGUCCUUCCUGCAGGGCUACCUGCACAGAGGCCGUCUCCGCCGUCAGCUGUGCCAGUUCUCAGCAGCUUCCGCCGAUUUUGAGAAGCUAAUAGAGUUGAAGCCGUCGCAUACGAGCGCUCGGAAGGAGCUAGCGUCAACUAAGGCAGCAGCAGAGGCCCUAGCAGCCGUUAAAAGCGCAGUAGAGUCCGGUAGAGGGGAGGAUGUGGAGAAGCGGUUAGAGAAUGACGUGCUCAGUGUAGUUCCGGACUGUAAAGAGGCGCUGUUGCUUAAAGCGAAGCUGCUUAUGGCGAAGGGGGACUAUCCGGGUGUGAUAGCAGAGGCGGGCAGGGCGCUUAAAUCGGAUGAGAACGACCUGGAAGGGCUGCUUCUCAGGGGGAGGGCGUAUCUGUACAACGGCGACCACGACCACGCACUUAAGCACUUCCAGGCAGGUCUUCGGUCGGACCCCGAGCAUGGGGAGCUAAAAAAGGCCUACAGACAGCUCAAGAACCUGGAGAAGAAAACCAAAGCGGCCACCGAGUUGUUGGAGCAGAGCAAGUAUCGCAAGGCAGCAGACGAGUUCAAGGCGGCUCUUGAGAUUAUCCCCGAUCACAAGCAGCACAACGUGAAGCUGCAGCUGGGGCUGUGCAGGAGCCUGGGGAAGCUAGGCCGAGGCAAGGAGGCGGCACAGGCGUGCUCGGCGGUGUUGGCAGAAGACAACGACAACUUCGAUGCUCUCCUGCUGCGUGGUGAGGCGCGCAUUGCCUCUGAGGAGUGGGAGGGCGCUCUGGGGGACUUCAAGCACGCACACCAGCUGAACCAGCAGAGCCGUGAAGCAGUGGCAGGGUUUCAGAGGGCGGAGCAGGGGUUGAAGAUGAGCAAACGAAAGGACUAUUACAAGGUGUUGGGGCUGGACAAGAGCGCGGCUGCUGCUGACAUCAAGAAGGCGUACAAGAGGCUGGCGCUCAAGUGGCAUCCGGAUAAGAACGUGGAGAACAAGGAGGAGGCCGAGGAGCAGUUCCGGGAGGUGGCUGCUGCGUAUGAGGUGUUAGGAGAUGAGGACAAGAGAGGGAGGUACGACAGGGGGGAGGAUGUGGACGAGCCAGAGCAGCAGGGGGGAGGCGGGGGCUUCCCCUUUGGGCAGAACGUCAGGUUCCACUUCCAAGGGGGAGGAGGAGGUUUCCCAGGUGGUUUCCCAGGUGGAUUUCCUGGGGGUUUCCAUUUUCAACAGGGGUAA